CACGUCUUCUCCAAUCAGAGCACAGUAUCGUGUCACUGAGGACAACACAUGGGUUGGCACAGAGGUCAACCUUUUGGUUCUUCGUUACUCCCACGUUUUUAGCUGAGUUGAACCCCGGAAGGCAUUACGCUCUAGUAGUAGAAACUAGCCUACUAUAUAUAUAGCCUGAUUAACCACUUCGGCCUAUAGUGCGGCGACAAUCAUGGCGACCAACACAGCGGCUGUCACGCCCAGAGUACUGCUAUUGUUUACAGUCAUGUUCUUUGCCACGAACAUUGCUAAGGCAACAGAAUCUCCUCAGGUCAAAAACGUCGCCAUUCUACCUGGCGCCGUUCUUUAUGCUGGAGAAACGGCGACCUUGUACUGCAUCGGAAGUGGGGACCCCGCCCCUACCUUUAGCUGGUCCCGGCACAGCGGUGCCCUUCCGGCUGGUGCAGAGGUAGAUGGGAGCAAGGCAAGUCUGAGGAACUUGGCAGCAGAGGACAGCGGCGUUUACAUCUGCACGGUGGACAACGGCGUCGGAAGGGCUGCAACGGGCAACAUUUCAAUUGUCGUCUGUCCAGACCUGGGGGACUGUGCCACUGCGGACAGAAAUGAAAACUGUUUGUCUUGGGCCAAGAGGGGAGAAUGCGAGAGGAACCCUGGGUUCAUGAACAGGAACUGCCGACUUAGCUGCGGCAUCUGCAUUCCUGGUCUGCCACUGGAGUGCGUUCAUCGAGGCCGAGGACGGGCACUGGACACCUGGGAGUGUAAUGACGUAUCGAAUGUCCCGGAUGACGUAAGAAGCACCAUGUCAUUGGACAACUUCUACCAGAAAUACCUCCAUGCCUACGGAAUCCCUGUUCUUGGCUCUUCCAUUGUGCCAGACGAAGCCAUCCGGAGAGCGUGCUACGACGUGCUGUUUAUGUUGGCGGAUAGAAAGGACCUGCGAGAUUCUUACUACAACUACUAUGGCAGGGCCGCCAUCAUGGCCGAAACUGAAGUGACUCUGGAUAUUCCCGAACAUUCAAAUUUAGACGAGUCAUACAACACGCGGGCCAGAGGCCUGGGUGCCACCGUGAGCAGACCUGUAUCCACCGGGGCCGAGGAGAACGUGCUCUGCUACAGUUCAGACAGGUACAAGAGCGAAGACAUCUUCCUGCACGAGUUCUCACACGGGAUUGACCUGCUGGGAGCCCGACAGGUGAUGCCGAGCUGGAGGUCCCGUCUGCAGGCGGCCUUCAACAGCGCCAAGGCCGCCGGGCUGUGGGCUAACACGUACGCUGAUGACACCAUUGAUGAGUACUUUGCAGAAGGUGUACAAGGCUAUUUCGACGUGAACGCCCAAAGUCUCCGUCCUAACGGGAUCCACAACCACGUGAACAACCGUACGGAGCUGCAGGAGUACGACCCCACCCUGUACGGGCUGGUGAAAGAGAUCUUCCCCUGCGGAAACAUUCUCGUCAAGCGAUGCGAUCCAAACUACCAGCUUACCAGCUUCCGGUUCAACUGCUUCGCGGAGGGCCGUCAGCGUGACGUCAUCACCGGAAACAUGGCUUUUGGGAUCACAGAGACACCAACAUCCAUGCGAUCAAUCACCAUGGAAACCACGAGGACAGCUAUGGCCACCGGGAGCACACCGCGUUUCGAGGACAUACAAACUACGGACAAGCCCAUCUCCACAGCCACCCUGGUGACGCCCCUGUCCAUGGUCACACUCACGGCCAUGGCGCUGGUGUCCAUGGUCAUCACUGCCUCCCUCCAGCCGGAACUGGUGGCUCCCGACAUAGAGGUGAUCUCUGCCUGGCCGUCAGCUAACCUGUACUACGAGGAGUCCCUGACCCUGACCUGCCAUGGCGGCGGGGACCCCGCUCCGACCUACAGCUGGACGCACGACUCGGGCUCCCUCCCUGCGCGCGCCGUGGUGGACGGGAGCGCCGGCACGCUGACACUGGCGGAUGUGACAUACACGGACGGAGGGGUGUUCACCUGCACGGCGGACAACGGAGUUGGAACCGCCACGCUGAAUAUCACGGUGGCGGGGUGUCCUGACGUCUCUACCUGUCCUGACUCCAGCUCUAGCUGUCCUGGCUGGGCUAACAGCGGAGAGUGCGAGUCGAACCCAGGAUACAUGCUCAGCAACUGUCGCCUGAGCUGCGGCGUCUGUUUCCCAAACUUAGGCGCUCAUUGCACUGCCGUCCGCCGCGGGCGUUCCUGGGACACAUGGGAAUGCUACGACGUCACGACUGUCCCCGAUGAUGUGCGAACAGACCUUAAUCUGGACACAUCAUUCUAUCAGAAAUAUCUGCACGCCUAUGGUAUCCCCAUCCUUGGCUCUUCUGCCCUGCCGGAUGACGCCCUUCGGAGAGCGUGUUACGAUGUGCUGUUCAUGUUGGCAGACAGGAAGGAUGUCCGAGACUCCUACUUUGACUACUACGGCAGGGCAGCCAUCAUGACCGAGUCUCAGGUGACACUGGAUAUUCCCGAACAUUCUAACCUAAAUGCAAACCCGUACAACAACUACAGAGGCAUUGGGGGCACCGUGAGCAGACCCGUAUCCUCUGGGGCUGAGGAAAACGUGCUGUGCUACAAUACUGACCCGUACAAGGUUGAGGACAUCUUCAUCCAUGAGUUUGCCCACGGGCUGGACAUCCUUGGUGCCCGCAAGGUCAUCAGUGAUUUCCAAAGUCGCCUGCAAACAGCUUACGAUGAUGCACUGGCCAAUGGCCGGUUUGCUAACACUUAUGCUGAUGACACCAGGGACGAGUACUGGGCAGAAGGUGUGCAGAGCUACUUCAAUGUGAACCAUGAGAGGGAUCCGCCCGACGGAAUCCACAACCACGUCAACACCCGUCCCGAGCUGCAAGCGUAUGACCCAGCCCUUUAUGCUAUAAUAGAGGAGAUCUUCCCCUGUGGGAACUUUCCUGUCAAGCGUUGUGAACGAGACUAUGCUAGCUACACCUUGAAGAUGGAUUGCUUCUCGGAGAACUACCAGAGGGAAACUGUGGUGGGGACUGCCGUCUGGGGACAAACUUCCACAAGCACUGCUGCCACACAAGGUACGCCUACUGUGAGCACACUGACAACACCUACAGCAAGCAUUGCUCCACAGUCCACAGGUUUGACUCCAACACUGUCAGUAGCCCAGUCAUCUACUGCUGCUACAUCAUCAACUGUGACAUCAAGAGCAACAACAAAAACACUGGCACGGUCCACAGGUACAACACCAACUGUUGGGCAGAGUUCUACAGUCAGCACACCUACAGUUCUGACUUCAAGAGCAACAACGAGGACAGCCAGCACUGUGGCACAGUCGACAGGUACAUCAUCAACAGUGGGGCAGACUCCAGCUGUAAGCACCCCGACGGUGGGGCAGACUCCGACUGUGAGCACCCCGACGGGGGGGCAGACCCCGACUGUAAGCACCCCGACGGUGGGGCAGACUCCGACUGUAAGUACCCCAACGGUGGGGCAGACUCCUACUGUAAGCACCUCGACGGUGGGGCAGACUCCGACUGUAAGUACCCCGACGGUGGGGCAGACUCCGACUGUAAGCACCCCGACGGUGGGGCAGACUCCUACUGUAAGCACCCCGACGGUGGGGCAGACUCCUACUGUAAGCACCUCGACGGUGGGGCAGACUCCAACUGUAAGCACCCCGACGGUGGGGCAGACUCCAACUGUAAGUACCCCGACGGUGGGGCAGACUCCAACUGUAAGCAUCCCGACGGUGGGGCAGACUCCAACUGUAAGCACCCCGACGGUUGUGACUUCAAGGGCAACAACAAGGACGACCAGCACAGCGGCCCAGUCAACAGGUACAACACUGACUGUCGGACAGGCAUCUUCUGUACGGACACCUACUGUUCUGACUACAUCAGCAACAACACGUACAGCAAGCACCUUGGGGCAAUCAACUACAGGAACAGGUACAGCUGGAACUACAUCAACGACAGGACACUCAAGUGCUGCUGCCACGUCCACACAGCCCAGUACCCCAUUGUCAUCAACUGCAGGGGCCGCAUCCAGCUCACCAUUGGCAUCAACUACAGGGACCAUGUCCAGUACCCCGUUAUCAUCAACUGCAAGGGCCAUGUCCACAGCCUCAUCAACAUCAACCGCCAUGCCAGCAUCUACAACUGCAGCUGCUACACCUUCCAGGAUCAGUACAACAUAUCCGACAGGUUCAGCUGGGACUCCAGGAACUGUCAGGACCACGCCUACCCUGGUCACCAGACUCGUCACAACUCUCAACGCUACCGAGAGUGCUCCAAAACCACCAGGAACUGACGUCGCCAUCAUAGUGGCUGCCGUGCUGGGUAGUGUGGCAUGUUUACUGGGGAUUGCUGGUGCAAUAUGGGCAGUCCUAAAGUGUAUGGCUGCAAAAACUGCUGUGGUCGCCAUCAAACCUGCCUGAAACCACUGCCCAUAUUGAAGAGUACUUCGGCUGGGAAGUACAUAUCUUGCCUGUAGUACUGCACCUGUUGCUUCUACUUCAUUUUUUUUAGCCAUUUGUUACUUUUUUAAUGCCUACAAUUUGUUUGUUUUCUAUUCAUUUGUAAGGACAAUAUCUUUUACAUUAGUUUGAUCCUUUCCUAUCAUUUUUGUCUACUGCCAUUCCACAAAAUUGUCUGUUUGAUUGUACUGCUUUCUUUCCACCUUAUUAAAGUGGUAAGAAAGCAUUGCUGCAGAAUGUGGUCUAAUUAAGACCUUGUCUGUUUUUUGGUGAAGCUGGUCCUUUGCCUUCCUUUUUUGUAUCCUUCUUCUUGUAACUGAAUGUUUUCUAAACUUUCUCAGGAUAUGACUGUAAACCCUCCCAGCUUCAGGGCACAUCAGAGCUCAGGGCUUUGAGUCUAGUCUUUCUCACACCACUCCUAAUAAGCCUUUGGUGAGAUCACACAACACAUUCUUAAGUGCCAUUUCAAAUCACAAGUAAGGAACUAUUUUUCUACUGAGAAAUCCACACUUCAUGCAGCUGCAACUGUUAUAAAUGUACGAGAUGGAAAGACAAAAAAAUUUAAUUAUUCUGUGUGUAUAUCUAGUAAACGGUUUACAACUAAAAUUUUCUUAACAACAUUUCAAAAUGUAGAAAAAAUAGAAACACUUCAGUAUAUGAAGCUAGCAGAUUAUAUUCUAUAAUAUCCACACAUUAUAAUGUCAUCUUAUCUUUUGCUUUGCACUUGAAUCCUUCAUUGCCUCAAGUUGUGAUAAUGAUUAGGUACGAGUAGAAAAAUGUGGCUUUUUGUAAAAAGUUGGCAAUUUCAGGUUUUACUGUUAUACCUGCUUUAACACAUUUACAUUUUGCACACAACAUUACACCUUGCCAACUAGUUUUCAUGAAUGGCAUAUAUAUCAAAACUUAGUUACUAUGUAGCUACAUGUACAUGUACCUUACUAGCAUCAAUAUGGGACAAAUCUGUAAAUGAUGCAAUGUUAUAUUAUCUGUAGGUUAUAUAAAAGCAAAUUACAUAUUUCUUGAAUGUGAUCUGUUUUGACAUAUGGAACAUGGGAUUAUGGAAAAUGGUGUGUCUUGCUAUGCUGCAUGUAUAUAUUGACUGACCUAUAUUUUGCUUUAGAUUAAAUGAGUCUCAAAACGUUUCUGUUAUAUAUGGUACACAAGUACUACCAAUAUCAAUGAAAAACAAAUGCGACUGCACAUUUCUGAUGUGGAUUUUUUUAACUAUUGAAAACAUUAUUCAACAUAAUUUCAGAGUAAAUUGAUGAUUUAACAUCACAUUCCAAGCUGCUUUGUCGCAACUCUGGUGCCUUAAUCUGGAGGCCUUUUCCUUUAUGGAACCAAUUACUUGGUUCCUUAUAUUUGAAUAAAAAUCAUCUGUGAUGGUAAUCAACUUAUUCAAUAAAUGGUAGAUUUCCAAAGUCUAUUUCCAUACGCAAAAUAAAGCUCUAAGAUAAAAAAAAAAGGGUUUCAAUCAGUCCUCUGACACUUCUCAAGUUAGAAUAUACAAAAAAAAAUCAGAGCCUUUGUUGGUUGUUGGUAUUAAGAGUUUUUGUUGUGUACCAAAAAGCGUACAAGAAUCUCUACUAUUUGGUUCCUCAGCAAAAAACGCAGAAUAACAACAAAAACAGGAGAGGUACAUGAUGUAUAGACUAUAUGUAUCUAGCCUCUAUUCUUUGUCAGUGAAAAGGGUGACAAAAUUUGGGAACCAAGUAGUUGCUUCCUUACGGCCUGUGUCAAAAGCUGUUGUGGAAAUAAUUUAAGUGUGUAUAAUAUUUUGGGAGUUUGAUCGACGGUGGAUGUGCAAUAUUUAUAAUCAUGUCUAUGUGAUUGGUGAGCUUACUUUAUACCUGUACAAUGGACACUAACAUUUGAAUGUCUUUGUUUGCAUUCAUUAUAUCACAACUAUCUUCAAAAACAUGA